AUGGAUCAAGGGAAAAAAAUAACCGAUGAUCAAGGGUACUUCGAUGUGUCCAUUCCUUUGAGCAUGAUUUUCGGAUUUGCUGAAGAUUACCAGAGAAUUAUUGUGAACGCAAAGCACGAGUUGAUUCUGACACGUUCACACAACGACCUCAAUGCCAUCAUUCAACAAGCUCUUGAAGGAGGACAGCGGGCUGAAACUUUUAAAAUUACCAUGACGAAGAUGGACUGGAUGAUUCCCUAUAUUAAACCUGCGGACUCUCGAAAAGUGCAACUUCUUAAUCAGAUUUCAAAAGACAAUCUUAUACCAAUUAGUUUUCGAGCUUGGGAGUUAUAUGAAUAUCCUUUAUUACCCAGAACAUCGAAACAUGUCUGGGUUGUGAAGUGUUCUACACAACUGGAGAAACCACGCUAUGUCAUUGUCGGUUUCCAAACAGCCAGAAAGAACGAAGCCACAAAGAAUGCCAGUGUAUUUGAUCAUUGCAAUAUUCGAGAGAUCAAAUUAUUCUUAAAUUCACAAAGCUAUCCCUAUGGAAAUCUGAAUCUAGACAUUGCACACAACCAAUCAGCUCUACUUUAUGACAUGUACACCAACUUCCAAACGUCUUAUUAUCACAAGGAGCCCGAGCCGCUAUUCGACAGAAAAAAAUUCUUGGAAGCUGCACCACUCAUCGUCAUCGAUUGCUCCAAACAGAACGAGUUCUUGAAAUCUGGACCGGUUGAUAUUCGCCUGGAGUUUGAGUCAUCAGAAAUCUUCCCCAACAACACAGCAGCCUACUGUUUGAUUUUACACGAUCGAAUUGUCGAGUACAGUCUACUCAGCGGCAAUGUGAAGAAACUCAUAUAA